UGGCUUGUGGCGUGCCAUCCCAUAUAUGGGAGGAAACGGGCGUGGCCUCACAGUGGCCCCGCCCCCCAGAUGGUCAGCCUAGCCAGUGACACGCAGGAGCUGCGGGAGGCGGGGCUUAAGGGGGUGAUGUCAGAGGAGACGCGGCUGCUGAUUGGCUCGCUGCGGCGCGUGCCGAGCUUGAUUGACAUCCUGUGCUACAGCUACUGCUACCUGGGGCUGCUGACAGGUCCCUUCUACCGCCUGGGCACGCACCUGGACUGGGUGUGGGGCCCGCCGGGGCCGCCGGCGCUGCGGCCGCUGCUGGCCCGCGUGCGCUGGGCGCCGGCGCUGGGCGCGCUGGGGGUGCUGGUGGGCCGGGCGUGGCCGGCGCGCGCCGCGCUGCGCCCCGAGUUCGGCGCGCGGCCGUGGCCCGCCCGGCUGGCGCACAUGGCGCCCGUGUUCCUGGCGCUGCGCCUGCGCCUCUACGUGGGCUGGCUCUGCGCCGAGGGCGGCUGCCUGGCCGCCGGGCUGGGCGCCUACCCCAAAACCGCCAGGGCCAGGCCGGGACAGGGCCCCACGGCCAGCUGGGAGCGCCCCAAAACGGACAGGGCCCCACGGCGCAAUGGGAGCGCCCCAAAACGGACAGGGCCCAACGGCGCGAUGGGAGCGCCCCAAAAGGUGAGUGACACCGGGGAUAUUGGGGACAUCGCUGGGGACAUUGGGGUACAGGGGCUGGGAGCGCCCCAAAACAUGAGUGGCACCGGGGACGUCACUGUGGUACAGGGGCUGGGGGUACCCCAAAACUGUCAGGGACAGGGGCCCACAGCAAGCUGGGAGCGCCCCAAAACGUGUGCCGAGCUCCCCGAGGAGCAGUGGGAUUUCGAGACCAUCCGCACCGUGGACCCCUGGGGCACGGAGGUGGGCCGGCGGUUCCGGGGCGGGCUGCGCCGCUGGAACAUGACGGUGCAGUGGUGGCUGGCGGCCUACGUGCACCGCAGGGGACCCCGCCAGUACCCCCUGCUCAGGAACGCCUGGACCAUGCUGGCCUCAGCCUACUGGCACGGGCUGCACGGCGGGCAGUACCUGUCCUUCCUCACCGUGCCGCUGUGGCUGGCGGCCGAGGCGGCGGCCGAGGCGGCUCUGGGCGCGUAUUUCGGGGUGCCCCUGGAGCAGCUCGGCGGCUGGAAGGGCUCCGCGCUCAGGGGAGCGCAGUGGUUCCUCAAGAUGAGGGCGUUCGAGUACCUGAGCAUGGGCUUCGUGCUGCGAGGGGCCGCGGACACGCUGCGCUUCUGGGCCUCGGUGCAUUUCUGCCUCCACGUCCUGCCCCUCCUCAUCCUCCUCACGGCGGCGGCGGCGGGCGGCGGGAAAGGGCGGGAAAAGGGGCGGGAAAAAGGGCGGGAAGAGGGGCGGGAAAAAGGGCGGGAAGAGGGGCGGGAAAAAGGGCGGGAAGAGGGGCGGGAAAAAGGGCGGGAAGAGCGGCGUGAGGGAGAGGGGCGCGGUGAGGACGCGCAGGAAGACGGGUGA